CUUAUAGUUCUAGGAAGCUGGGAUUUCCUCUUCCCGCUACAGAUUUGGGGAGUGCAAGAAGAGCCUUCCAGGGUGAGUUUAGCGGGGCGGCGAGAAAUAAAGGCGUGGGGUUGGAGCAAGAGAGGCAGGCUGGUCGGCCAGAUAAACCACAAUAGCUGUCUACAAGCAGGGAAGGGCAAGGAACAAGUUGCAGCAAAACUUAACAGCUCGAUCCCCGGAAAGGUCUACUGAGUUCCAUGGGACUUGCUGCCAAAUAGAAAAAACCACUGUUCUCCUAGCAACAUGGUCCUACAGGUCAGCUUUAUACCAUAUGGAUUUUGAAUGUACAGCUUGUGUUUGAGUCCUGAGGCUCGGGGUCCCACAUGCGGGUUGGGUAGGCGACAUACGGAUUCAGGUGCGAAAGCACAUUUUAGAACUGGGUAACAACAAAAUGGCUGCAGUGCAGGAAGCUGUAAAAAUCUUGGGCCUGCAAAAUGAAGCUCUGCUUCACCGGGGCUUCCCACCAGCAGUGAAAAUGGAAGAGCAGGACUUGGAAGAAUACAGGCCAGAAGAAGGACUGAAGGGGAUAGGAAAACCUCCAUUUAUCAUCCAGGCUGGGACAUCUGGGGACCUUCUGAGGUGGCUGACGUUGCACCAGACCAGGAAUGAAUGCCGGGAGGUCCCACAGCGCUGGGAAGUCCAGUGGCAGGAAACUGUCACUCCUGAGGUGACAUUGGGCUCCUCUCCCGCCUGGGGCAACCUUCUAGUACCGCAGCUCACGUUGGCUGAUGACGUUGAGGUCUAUCUGUCCACUUUUGAGCGUGUGGCUGAUGCCUGCCAGUGGCCAAGAGAACAGUGGGUGGUCCGCCUAGUGCCCUCCCUCUGCGGGUUAGCCCAACAGGCUUACAGCCGCCUCAGUGCUAGAGACAGAGGAGACUAUGGGAAGGUGAAAGCCGCCAUUUUGUGCUCCUGUGACCCCAGCAGUGAGACCCGGCGGCAGCGCUUCAGGCGUUAUGGCUUCCAGGAGGCCGAGGGCCCUCGCCAGGCUUGUGGAUCCCUGCGGGAGCUUUGCCGUCUCUGGCUGAAGCCAGAGAUCCGCAGUAAGGAGCAGAUCCUGGAACUGCUGGUCCUGGAGCAGUUUCUGAACAUUUUGCCGGAGGAAAUGCAGUCCUGGGUUGGAGAAUGUCGCCCGGAGACCUGUGCUGAGGCUGUGACCUUCGCGGAGGAGUUUGCCUUGAGGCAACAGGAGACUGAGAGAUCAGACCUGCACGUCACCGUUCGGAUGAAAGUGGAGGAAGUGACCUCUGAGGAAGAGAUGCCAUCUCCUGUUGCAUUGUGGGAUGUCUCUGGCUCUCGGUCCCAUCUUGAUUGCUUCUCGGAGGAGGCAGUGGGAUGGAGAGAGCCCCUAGAACUGCAGCAGCAGCAUGUGCUUACCUGUGUCCCCAAGGAAGAAGCUCAGCCUCCACAGAAAAUGAAUGCCAACAUUACCAGCCAAGCUGCAGACCAACCUUCUGAAAAGGGCCUUGGAGCUUUGGAGAUACCCAGGGAUACUUGGGCAAAUGUGGGUGAGGCAACCUCCUCUGAGUGGGAGGAGGACAGGCGGGCAGGUGAGGAGGGCGGUGGCUCUUCAGAAGACGAACUUGCCACCCAGAGAAGAGCACCGAAGAGAAGAGGUCCUUCAUUCCUUCCUUCUCAGACCUCUGAGACAAAGGUGGUGCUGCAGAAACUUAAGGCCCCAGAAAGCCAAUCAAGGACAUUCUUCUGGGGGGAGAAACCUCACCUGUGUCGAGAGUGUGGGGAGAGUUUCAGAGGGAAGCAAGAGCUUGCCCUGCACAAAGGAAUCCACCGGCGGGAGAGGCCCUACCCUUGUGCCGUUUGUGGGAAGAGAUUCACCCGGCUGUAUCACCUCACCACGCACCUGCGGAUCCACUCGGGCGAGAAACCGUACCACUGCACCGAGUGUGGGAAGCGAUAUGCGGACGCCUCUAACUUCUACAAGCACCAGAGGAGCCACUCGGCCGAGAAGCCCUACCACUGUACAGAGUGUGGGAAAACCUUUGGGGACCCGUCCAAUUUCUAUAAGCACCAAAAAAGGCACCGAGGGGACCGGCCUUAUGUCUGUGACACAUGUGGGGACUGCUUCAGCAAGCACAAGGAUCUCCUCGCUCACCAAAGGAUCCAUGAGGAUGGGAGAGUCCCCUCUCUGUACUGACUAGAGGGUGGGAUGGAAUCAUUCUUAUCUGCAGUCUCCUUGGAGAUAACAUAAGCAGUGCUUCAGAAGCAGUCUCUGAUAGAACACAAUAUACUGGUCCAGAUCCUGCUUAGGGACAUAGGACACUGCCUUAUUCCAAGUCAGACUGUUGGUCCAUCUAGCUCAGUACUGUCUAUACCAGUGUUUCUCCAUGAUUUUAGAGUCAUGGACUGGUACAUUCUUCAUGCGCAGUUUCCCAGACCAGCAGUUACUAAAAGGGUCACCCCCCUCGCCACCACCCCUACCCCCAGUGAUGUCACAUGCAGAAAGGGCGGGGCUCAAGGUCCACGGAGCCCAGGUGAGCAAUCCAGAGCUCAUUUCUAGGCAAGCAGCCCUUGCUGUUAGAUAACGUUCAUUUCGCUUCCUCAAAACAAACAUUAUCCAGCAGUGAGGGUUGCCUGGAAAUAAGCUUUAGUGAGCUCCCGGCAGUGGCUCCAAAAUUGUUUUUUAUUUUUUUGGGGGGUGAUUUUUUAUUAGUGAUGCCUUAUGGACCAGUAUCCAGCGCCUCGCGGACCUUCACCGGUCCACGGACCGGUGGUUGAGAAACACCGGUCUAUACUGACUGGCAGUGACCCUCCAAGAUUACAGGCAGGAGUCUCUCCUGGCCCUACCUGGAGGUGCCAGGGAGUGAACUGGGACCUUCUGCAUGCAAAGCCGAUGCUCUAACACUGAGCCGUUCCCUCAAGGGUACAGCACUCACUCAUCAUCUUGCAUCCAAAUGCAAAUCAAGGCAGAACCUGCUUAGCAAAGGGGAUAAUCCAUUAUUGCUACCACAAGACCUGCUCUGCUCUCCAAAGCACUGUGGCCAGGGGUGUAGCUAGGGGAGAGUGGGCCCAGUGUUCACCCCUCUCUCCAGCAGCCCCUUGGUGUGAGGGAGACAAUGAAGAAAGUAGGGAGGGGUGGAACUGGGGGGUCCUCAGGAGCUGGGCGGCCCGGGUUCUUUGAACCCAUCUGCUCAAUUAUAGCUACAUCCCUGACUGUGGCAAUGCUGCAGGCUUUGCCAGAGUAAAAACAGCGAGGGUGGGAGAGUCAUUGUGUUUUGGCUCAUCUAUGGGUCGUGUUCACUGUUCCUGACAACAUGCGCUUGGGAGCACUGAGAACUGGGGAGAGACAGACGAAAGCAGGGUUGCACAACUUGCGCUCUCUAGCUCUUGUUGGACUACAACUCCCAUCCUCCCCACCCAGUGGCCAGUAGUCAGGGUUGAUGGGAGUUGUAGUCUGACAACAGCGGGAGGGCCGUAGUUGCCCAGCACCAUUAAAGAGUUGCAGUCACUCAGUACCACUAGGGGGGCUCUCCAGCAGAGAUAUGCAAGGGGUGUGAUGUGCAAUUGUGCACGUGCCCAUUGCCCCCUCCUCAUUGUUUCAAAGCAAAGUGGCUGGCUUACUGACACACUGGAGUUGCCAUUGUCAGUUGCUGGCCAUAGUGGUAUGAAGGGCUUUGCUUGCAUCUUCUUUGCCACUGAUCCUCAGCAAAGGCAGUUUAAAAACCAAAACGGAAAUCACUCUGGGAGAACGAAUGAAGACCGAGAGAGAAAUUUCUUAAUGCAAUUGCUCACAACCUGUGGUGUUUUCUUUUUGUGAGGAGCAUGUGGAAAUGCUGGUGAUGAGAUAUAACAAAAAUAUUUUUACCUCAUUAAAAAAACCAAAUAAAAAUUAAAGUGUCAA